UCACAUCCAUUCCAUGCUUUUCCGAAUGGUUUGAAGUUGAUGAAGUGCCAACAAGGUUGGAAAUGUGCCUAGGGAAGACUGCUAGCUCAUAAACAUGUAGGCGUUUCUAAAAGUGCUUUAUGGAGGAAGGAAAUGCACGUAAACACGUUUGUUAGACCUGAAGGAUCAACACAGAACAAUGUGUCACAGCAUGUUUAUGGGAACGUUUGUUUGUUUACGAGAACACUCCACAGCGCGUCUCAAGAUGGAUCAACAAAAUGCGGUUUUUCCAGGGAGUACGUGAAAGCAGCAGUCACUCCGUACCACAGUGCAGGAGAUGCUUGCAGCCGCAGCAGCUCGCUUCACUUGUGCGGCCGCAGCGGAACAUAACACGAAACAGUGUUGGAAGAGGGCAACUGGAUCCCUCCAGACAGACUGCCUGACCAUGUCCAGUCGGUGGCAAGACGCUUCUCGCAGCGGUCCAGAAGACCCCGCCGGUGGCUUAAAAUCGGUGCGAAUGCCCCGCAAACAGGAACCGUCCGGAGAGACCGAGGACGCAGCGGACUCGCUGCGGGAGCUGCCUCCAUGGAUGCGGCUUUACUUCUACGGGAUGCACGGCGUGACUCUGGAUGUCUUGCUCUCAUCGUUACAAGGGGUUUUGAAUUAUCGGGACCCUAAACUGGUGGGUUUUUCCUCCCCGUAUCUUUGCGUUAUGCAUUCACUGACCCACUUUGCGCUGGAGAAGAUCUACUCACAGAAGAGAUGCUUCCGAAGUCGGCCUGUCGUGUUUCAUCUUGUUUUCUACCCGUCUGUGUACAUCGGGCUGCAGAUUCUGAUCGGUAACAUUAACAUGAACACUUUGACCGAGCAGGUGAGGGUGGUGUCGGGGACGCAGCUGGCAGUGCACUACAUCCUGGCUCUCUAUUUUGCCCAGGUGUUUCACAGAGGGCUGCUGCGGCUGCAGUAUCACCCCGCCGCCCCCCCGAGCAAACCGGGCCCGGAGGAGAGCGGUCAUGAUCGGGGGCCUCCUUGCGGUCUCCCCGGACUCGUGCGCUUCUUGUUCUUCGGGAUGCACGGCUUUCUGGACGAGGUGAUUUUCACCUCUAUUUUCAACCUCGUGGAGAAGUCCGACCGGACCCUCAGCGGCCACACGUCCCUGUGGUCUUUCCUGAUGUACGGGAGCUGCAGCUUUGUGGUGGAGAAGCUCUACCUUCACCUGCACUUCAGCAGAGGAUGGGGGACGUGGCGGCGGCUCCCCAUCUACGUCUGCUUCAUCUACACCUGGGAGCUCUCCUGGGGUCUGGCCCUGAGGCAGUUCGACGCAUGCUCCUGGGACUACUCCCAUUAUCCUCACAACUUCAUGGGGCUCAUCACCCUCCUCUACUUGCCAGGCUGGGUCUGCCUCAGUCUGUAUCAGGACAUGCUGUCUAAUGUCCUGCUGAGAAUCAAGUGCACCAAAGAUGUAAAUGUUUUGAGUGGAGAGAAUGGAGAGGUCAAUGGUCAGCUGGAGUCAAAGAUAAAACAACUUUAAUUUUUUUUUUAAGUUUUAACUUCUAGGGAAAGUCUGGAUCACAUGGAUGGAGACACAAGCAGGCAUUAUUUUAUUCUAAUUAACAAAUUCAUCAAAUCCAACUGAUUUGAUGAAAAUAGACUAAAAGUUGUGGUAGUGCAGGAGGUACAAUUGUAUAUUGUGGGACCAGUCUGGCCUUAUAGCUCAAACCAUGGUAUAAACAGGUGCGGGGCUCUGCAUUUGUUCACAUUUCAAAGCAGAUCUGAGAUAAUUACUUUGAGACUUUGGGCAGUUGGUCAGCAGUGUGUUGUCAUCACAACAGAUGCUGAGAUGAUGACACAACAUUUAAUGCAGUUCAGAUUUUUUAGCAAAUUUAGAGUUGGUUACUUUGGAAUCUGGACUUUUGUCACCAGUAUGCAGACGAGACAUUUUCCAGCUGAUAUUUCUGGGUCCAGUGACAAAGAUAAAACACAAUUAAAAGGACCCUGAAUUGUUUAUCUAACCUGUUUAGAUUAAAUUUACCUACUGCCAUUUUUACCUGAUGUAAAAUAUAGUUGUAAUAUUAAUAUUUUUUAAGUCUUCAUGACUUUGAAAGUGUGAAUAAUCUGUUUGUUUUUUUAAUGACUCCAGUGGCAGACUCACCAUCUUAUCCAUUACAUGCAUUGUGGCAGGUCUAGUGUGAUUAUUUCAUAAGAUGCAUUGGCAUGCUUUAACUGUGGCUCAUAUGUGCAUGCUACAAAGUGCAAAUCAACCAACAUCUGGAAGGUUUUGUUUCACAAAAAGGUUUAGGGUUUAGGUUUUGUUCACCAAAAUAAACAUAUUGCCCUUUAAGAUUCCAAAGUAUAUAUAUAUUAAAGACAAAGAAGACACACACACAGCUAUUUAGAGGACAGUGUUCCAUCUUCUUUCAUGCAAUAAAUCAGUUUUUAAUUGUCUUAAGUUUUAAAUCUCUUUUAAAAAAUGUAUUGUUAAUUAACAUUAAUAUAGCCCAAGUAAUGCAUGGUAACUAUUAGAGUAAACCCAGUAAUAUGUAGCAAGAAAACCUGUAGCUGAAUGUAUACGAGUGAGAAGUGAGAUUUUACUGUGACUCUUUCAUGAACCAAAUGCUACUUUGCUGGAGUGCCUUCGUGUGCAAACGGAGUCAACUAGACUCAAUCAAACAAGGCUUGGUGUCCAUGGGGUUCCUCUUUUUAUAUCUCAAAGCAGUGUUUUGCAAAUCGUUAUAAAAAUGUAUUAACGGUUUCAAGUCAGUGAGGCGAGUGCAUUUGUUCCAUUAUCAGAUCAUACUGGUUCCAUCGCUAAAUGAUGUUAUGUUAAAACAUUUAACCACAGCUGAUCAGAUUGACAGAUUUAUACGUCCAACAAAAACAAACAAGCAGUUUAGGUUUCACUACCCUUGCAGCUUUCAUUUUUUAAUCACUGAACAAUGUAGAACAUGCAUCAUUUUGUGUAGAAUGCUAAUAUUUCCAGUAAGAAAUCCUCUGGGUGCAUAUUAAAAUAAUUAAGGCAGAAGAGUUGUCAGACACUACAGAACUUCCUGUUAAGGACAAGUAUGUUUUGUUUUUUAACAGCCCCAUGAAUGCAACAAGGCUAGUCGAGUCAGAUCCAUUUCUAAAGUACUUUUACUGAGCAUGUUUACCCCAAACUGACAGACAUUUCAUGUAAAAUAUGAAUUAUAAUAAUAUUUGACAGAAAGAUAGAUGAGCAGCCCUGCUACAGUGACAAAGCUGACAAAAAUCUGUCAACGAGAAAGCAUUACAUUUAAAUCCAUUAAUCAACUUCACAAGGGAAUAUAGGACAGACAUACUGUGCAUCCAGAAAGGAUAUUUUUUAUUGAAAUAUUCCCUAAAUAAACUCCACCUUAGACUUUAGCAUAUUCUGAAACACACAACUGUGUUACAGUGUUCUUAUGCAUCAUUAGCAAACUAACCUAAGUACCUGGCACUGUGACUAAACAAAUACUGAUAAAUCUUAGCACUCUAUACAAGUCAUUAGAUAACUAAGCAUCUUUUGGAGUUCCAGCAGUUAAAGCCAUUUAACUCUCUCAAGGUAGCAUUUUAACUUGGUGCUGAAUCAAUCUCAUCAUGUAUGCCCUUAAAUAAUUUCUUCAUAAUUAGAACAUAUUUUGUUGUAAUCACAACUCUAAAUUCUGAUCAUUUGUAUUUACUUAUUGUAGAAAUUAGUAUUUUUUUUUUCUGAAUGUUUUGUUAAGCUUGUGAUUUGCUGGAUGCAAUCUUGAAUGAAUGUGAAAUCUGUUCUACUAUAUUUGAGUCUGUUCUAAGGGUUCAGUAAACGUAAUAACUGUACGCUCUUGUAUGCUGUGGGAGCGGCUCUGAAAAUUGUUGUUCAUUCAUCAUUAAAUAUUUUAGAAUCAUUCACCUUGGAUUCUUAAGAAACCAGAA